AUGGAAGAAAAAACUGACAUGACUGUCUUCAUUGCUCUGUUAAUGAGGGUGGCCCGAGCUUUCUUUCAAACACCGCAAAUUGUAGUAUUGGACUAUCUAACAAAGCAUGAAACUGCGAUAAGUGACGAAAACUUGGCAAAAGGCGUUGGUCUUACUGUAAAAGAGAUCCACAAGCUUUGCGGAACGUUGAAAGAAGCGCGUCUUAUUAAGACGUUUACCAAGGCCGAACCAAAAAAGGCUGAACAAAGGGCCAUACCUAGAACAUUUUAUUACAUCGAUUGGCAACAGGUUACUGCUUAUAAACUUGAUUUUACUCAUCUUAUUCGCACCUAA